AUGGGAGCUACACGUGCAACCGGAAAGGGAAAAAGAAAGAGAAAAUCUGGUCCCAUUUCCAAAAAUGAUGCUCAUCGUCCCACCAACUUUCUUGGAACCAUGCAAGCCAUCCCCCAUGGACCUGGCAUUGCAAACCUAGGUAAUAGUUGUUUCAUGGCAGCAGCAUUGCAGUGCCUUUUUCACACCGCGCCUCUCUUAAGAGCAGUACGGAAUUAUCACUGUCCAUGCAAAAGUUGCUGGAUUUGUACUUUUAAAAAUUACAUCGAUAAAGCCAUCAACCCUGCUUCGAAACCAAAACCUUUCUACCCAUAUGAUUUUUAUGAGAAACUGAAAGAUUUCUCAUUUCCACCCAGAACUCAACAAGAUAGUCAUGAUUUCAUGACACAGUUUUUAGGUAAACUUGGCAAAGUUACAACAACUGAAGGAAAAUAUGUUGUAGCUAACGAGUUUGGUGGCACGUUAAUUAACCAAAUAACAUGUCUGGUUUGUGGUUUGAUUUCUGGAGAUCCCGAGAAAAUGUUACAUAUUGCUCUGCCAUUGGUUAAUUCGCAUUCCAUUGAAGAAUCGUUCAACAUAUUCACUCAAACUGAAUAUCUUGACUCAAAGUCAUUAUGCGAAUUCUGCCAAGAGCAAAGGUAUAAGACAAAAAGCUAUAUAAUAGGUCGAACUCCCAAUAUUUUGGUACUUCAGUUAUUAAGGUACCAAUACGAGAAACAGACGAAUGGGAUGGUGAAACUAACUCACCCAGUGGAGUACUCAAGUACAAUUGACAUAUCUAAGUUUACCAGACAAGCUAAUGUCAAAUGUGAAUAUGAAAUGUACGCCAUGAUUGUGCACGAGGGGAGUCACUUGAACAGCGGACACUAUAUCGCUUACGUCCGCUGUUCGAAGGAAAAAUGGUUCUGUUUUAACGAUUCUGAGGUCUCUGCUAUAUCAGAACAAGAAGUUCUGAGUAAACAGCCGUAUGUCAUCUUUUAUGCAAAAGAAUCUGUAGCAUUGUUCUCUGAACUGAUGAAACCAGAGCCAGAAGUAAUUGAUCUCGACUCGAAAAGUGAAGAUCAAGCUUUAUUAGCUGACCUUAAGAAACUCAAACCGAAACAGAAAUCAAAAAUAAUUGAUCUUGACAGGAUAAUUGGCUCGGAAAGGAAAGAUCAAGACCUUAUCAAACCGAAACCAGAGCCAGAAGUAAUUGAUCUCGACUCGAAAAGUGAAGAUCAAGCUUUAUUAGCUGACCUUAAGAAACUCAAACCGAGACAGAAAUCAAAAAUAAUUGAUCUUGACAGGAUAAUUGGCUCGGAAAGGAAAGAUCAAGACCUUAUCAAACCGAAACCAGAAAUCAUUGAUGUCGAUACAGUGGACUCAGAAAGGAAAGAUCAAGUUGAAGUGAUUGAGCUGGAUUAA